GGAGGAGGGGUUUAUUUUCUUCUGUUAUUAUUUUUUUCCCCUGAAGUGCCUUUUCCUAAAGGGACAUGAGCAAAAACAGCCCCGAGCAACGACUCCUCCUCCUCCUCCUCGCGAACUGAAGCGAGCUCGUGGUGUUCGGGUUGUCAGGGAGCCCGUGAUGGUUCAGAUGUGCACGCAGUAUGGCAGAUGACCUAUUGGAAUAAUUUCAGAGCCGUGCUGUGGUUGCUACGACAACCACUGCUCUCUUGGCUUUCAUCUGGCCAUGUGACAGUGACUUUGACGUCAGCUGGAGGCAGAGUCUGUGGUUUAGUCCACACAGCCAAAGGCUUGUGAGAAUCUAGUGGAUGCUGGACUUAUCCCCCUUGCUGCUGCUGCUGUUUCCCAGGGGCUGCCAGGGCAUGGACUACUAACGCCUUGCAUUUCUAAAAUCAGAUAAAAAAUUUUUGACACCAAGAUGGGAAAACAGAACAGCAAACUACGUCCUGAGGUCAUGCAAGAUUUGCUAGAAAGUACAGACUUUACAGAACAUGAGAUCCAGGAGUGGUACAAAGGCUUCUUGAGAGACUGUCCAAGUGGACAUUUAUCUAUGGAGGAGUUUAAGAAAAUAUAUGGGAACUUUUUUCCUUACGGGGACGCUUCUAAAUUUGCGGAACAUGUGUUCCGCACUUUCGAUGCUAACGGCGAUGGAACAAUAGACUUUAGAGAAUUUAUCAUAGCCUUGAGUGUAACAUCUAGAGGUAAACUGGAGCAAAAGCUGAAGUGGGCAUUCAGCAUGUAUGAUCUGGAUGGAAAUGGAUACAUCAGUAAGUCAGAAAUGCUGGAGAUAGUGCAGGCAAUCUAUAAGAUGGUUUCUUCGGUAAUGAAGAUGCCAGAAGAUGAGUCAACACCAGAGAAAAGAACAGAGAAAAUCUUCCGUCAGAUGGACACCAAUCGAGAUGGCAAACUCUCUUUGGAAGAGUUCAUCCGAGGAGCCAAGAGUGAUCCAUCCAUAGUCCGUCUCCUUCAGUGUGAUCCUAGCAGUGCAGGGCAAUUCUAAAACAGUUCUUUGGAUGAAUUGUGUAUCUGCUUUUUGUUUUUUGUUUUUUUUGCCAAACAACAUUCAUGGUGGUGUUGCCUCUGUAUGACCAGUUAUGCCUUCUUUUGUGGCAUCUUUUAGCUUCUUUUGUUGUGGAUUAAUUAUAAGAAUGCUGAAUGCUCUUAAUAGUUUGUCCAGAACACAGACAGAAUACUGUUUUAAAUGGACAUUGUGGUGUUAACUUGUUUAGAAGAUUUUAUUUUGUUCAAUUUGUCUGUUCUCAAAAGUAAACCACAAGAAGGAAGAAACCUUCAGCAACAUAUUAUUGCCACAUUUAGAAUGCUACUUUAAUAGUUGAAAAUUCACCCGCAGGAUCUGAAGCACAAUAGUGGUUGAAGUGCAAAGUGUUACAACAGGUGCAGUAUUUGAUUUGUACAGUCUUUUUUUAUCCAGCAGGCACAAGAGAAACUACAAAACAGGAUGAGUAAGAAGUGUUAAUACAAUAAGUUAGCAAAUUCUAGCCUACUUCAGUCUCCCUACAAUGCCACGUUGUUUCAAUACUGUGAAAGUUUUUAAGGUGCAUUGAGAAGGGGGGGAGGGAAUGAUCAGCUGUUUUUUUUUAACAGGCUUAUGCUGGUUGAUUUAACAUGUGUUUGAUUUCCAGAUAAAACCAAUUUAUAAUUCUAAUUAAAACAAAAAACCAGGUGGAUGUUACCUGUUGCCAUUUAGAAUUAGUAAGUGUAGUUGUGUAUAUGACAAACUGGGUAUUGAACACAAAUUUAAGCGAGAUGUGUGUUGAAUGAGAGAUUUUCAGAUUAGUAAUAAAGCAGUUUCUACUGCAGGAGACUGGGAGUUGAGCUCAGAAAUAACAAUUGUGCAACCUUAAGCAGCUGACACUGAGACAUGUCCACUGUCAUGAAUGUUCUUGUCUAGAUUGGACUGCUUGCUCUCUCUCUCUCUCUCUCUCUCUCCACAUAGAUAAUGCGGUUCCUGUGUCUGCUUCUAAAGGUUGGAGAGCUAUCACAAACUGUUUUAAAGCUAGAAUUGUAGAAUUCAUACUUCAUUUACUUUAGUGGGGUUGAAAGAUCUGUACUGAAACAAGGAAAUGGUACGCUUAAUGAUAUAUAUAUAUAAAUGUUUAAAAAAAUUAGAUGUAAGAGAAAACUGUUGAAUGUUUAUCUUUUCACUUGGAUGCAAAAGGAUUUCUGAACCUUGCUGCUGCAAAAUUCUUUCAUUUGGUCAGGGUCACUAUAUUCCAAGCAGUGUGUACGUUUGGGAUCUCUUAAGGAAUUUGCAAGCACUGCUUUGGCAAAAAAGCUUAGCAAUGGGAGGUAUUAUGCUGACCAAGUUUGAGAUAACCUGUCAUUUGUUGAGUCUGCUUUGUGAUACGGUAGGUGAUAUAUCACUGCAGUCACUGCCCAAUAUCAGGAACUUAUGAGACUGCUAUAGUAUAAUCAUUGUGUGAGGGGUGAGGUUGAUAUUCUAUUAAGUGACCUUGUAAUGCUAAACCCCAACUAGCCUUAAUUUAAAAUAAACUGAGUAAAAUAGGUUAGAUCUGCUGCUGCAGACUAGUUAAAUGCUGAUUAGCCAUCAGGUAAAAGCAGUAGAAUAUAUUAAGAAGUUUUUGCUUAUCACUAGCUAGGAGAACAUAUGUACAGUAAUUUAGGAAGGAAAAAGAUUCUUGACUUAAUUCUCAAUACCAUUUUGUUCUGUCAUGCUUAACAUAUGGUGCACAAUGAAAAUUAAUUAUAGAUAACAUAGUUAAUCAGUUCUUUCAAAUUUACUAUAAGUGGCAAAGCAAUCCUGAAUAAAAGGUCAUCAGGCCCAUUUCUUUGUCUCAGAUGACCUAAAGGGCUUAUCCAGAAUCAAUUUCAAUUUAAAGUGGUUACAGAAAUGCCAUUGAUGUAAUUCUCCUGCUAAAUGAGCUAAAAGACUAGACCGAGUCGUGUGUGAGAGACAGACAGAGGAACACACAAGUGCAGGUUCAAUACAUAACUUUUUUAGUUUUUGGCAUAGUCACUGGAAAUACUACAGUGAAAUUUUCUGGUUGGCUGAAAUGGUUUUUGCCUAUUUCCCAUCCCUGUCUUAUCCACACCCCAUUGGAGAUACUAUGCACAAAAUAGAACAUUUAAAGCACUUGUGCUCUUCGAGAUAAUUUUUUGUUUGCCAGUAAUAGACCUCAGAAAGGCUUUGGCCCUAAAAGAAAUCUGCAGAGAUCUCCUCAUGCUGAGUCAAGGGUCAGUUCUCUCCUUAUUGUCUGGAGGGUCAUUUUUCAUUUGGACAAAUCUGGCUUGAUCCUUGGUUGUUGUAAAUUGCUGCAUUAAGGUGAAUGGAUCUACACUGACAUAUACCCACUAAGGAUCUGCUCCUUAAUCAAACAUAAGCAAUCAGUGUCACUGUAUUAAAGCCCUUCUUUGGGUCACUUCAUCACAUCCACUACAUAGGAAAAUAAAUUGGAAUAUAAAUUUUCUUAGAAAUCUGAAUACAUAUUGAAAAAUUCCAAUCCCAGAUAUCAUUGCAGGCUUGUGGAUCAAAAGCAGACAAGCUAGAAAAAUUAACGUUUAUUAAAGUUGAAGUAAAGUAUGCAAAGUGGAUAGCUCCUACAAUUAAUUUGUUUCUAAUACAGUGAAAGCAGUUGCAUGUGACUGAAACUAUUAAAAUUUUGCCUUUUUUAAGCAGCUGCGUUCCAUCUCUUUUUUUGUAUUAUGACAAUCCUUUGGCCCAGAACCUAGUUCCUCAGUUUGGUGUUUGGCUGUUUUUUGACAGAAGCAAUUUGUGUAUUAGUACUUUAAACUAUGUGCUUGAAAAUGCAACCUGUGAUAUGACCCCAGGCCAGUGGAAUUGUAAUUCUUUCCACUGAAAGACUAGGAAUGUAACCCACAGCUGCAGAGGACAUAAAUAACUGGAGAUAUGGUUAUUGUAUAAACAUUUACAAAAUGCAUGAAGAUUAUUCCUUAUUCCUGCCUGCCUUUCGCAAUUUAUUUUGUUUCAAAAUAUUAACUGUUCCUUUCUUACUCUGCAAGUAAAAAUUGUAGAUAUUUUUUAAAUGAUCGAUAAUUGAAUUUGUUAAAUGAAUAUCUGCAGUUUAUUGGUUAACAAAACAUACAUAGUACUGGUAUGCAUCAUUUCUUUGUCUUGCUAAUUGUCAUUAUUAACUUCAGUGAUCUCUCAAAAAAAGAAUGACCAAAACUAUAUGUCACAGUAGCAUAGCUGUUUUUAAGGGAAUGAAUUAAAAUAUCUGACUCUCAGACUGUAGACAGUACAGGCUGCUUGAUACCACUUACUAUAACUGUGUAGAUACAUUUUCAAUAAUACUUGUGUAUGUUUGAUAGGUAAACUUGACUGAUCUGGCAUGCAAAAAUGUUUAGUGUUUUGUAGACCUAGCAACUGUAAAAGUACAUAAGUUAGAACUCUAUUUACAUGGAAUUCCUAGUGAACAGAAGGGGUGUUAGUUCCUUGCGGAGGGCUUGCCCUUAAAGGAGAGUACCAGACAUCUGUGCAGACUAACUGAUGUACAGAAGCUAUAGCAGCCAAGCUGUAAAGCCAUUCAGUAUUCACUUUACUGAGCUCUGAGAUUGGGAACUUGAAACAGCCCCUAUAAAGCCAGCUAGCAUACUCUUUUGGACACUCUGGGUUUGAGGGGAAAUGAAGCACAACCCUCUUCCAACAUCUGAAACCCCAUGAACCCAAAGGAUUUGGAGGUCCUCUGAGACCUUCAGGUAAAGUUGUAGUAUACUUCCUACUAAGCUUAUGACUUUUGAACGUUUCUCACCAUCAUUGUUGAGUUGCCUCAUGCUUCAUUAUUUUCUGUUUUACCAUUUGACCUGUACACACUCUCAUGUUUAAAUAUCCUAAACAUUACCGUUGUUUUAGAACAACAGAAAACUAUGUAUAUAACUACUUUAAAUGGAAGAUGUAUAAGUGCACCUUGAAAUGUGUAAGAUGUGCAUCUAGAGACAAUUAUACUAUGAUGCUCUAAGAACAGAACAGUUCCCCACACCUUUCUCAGUACAUUUGUACUUGCUAAUGUGGUACUUGGUGAAGUUCUGUUGCCUGCAAUGUACAGGAGGUCCCACUAGAUGAUCACAGUGGUCCCUUCUGACCUUUAAAGUCUAUGACUCUGAGGUAAACCUGUACAUUCAAAGCUAACUUUGUAAGAUCUGAGAUGUGUCCCUUUUUCUAAAACAAUGCUUAUUUUGUGAGCUCAGGAAAAAGCACAGCAACAUGAGCAGAGCAGCCCAGACAAGGUAAGGGAAAUGUCAGUAGCAGAGGCCACCAGCCAGCCAUAAUUCCUAGAUGUUUCAUAUUGCAGCCCGGUGUACUAACAUUAGAGUAGGGUAUAGUUACACCCUAUGCUGGUGGAAGUGUGAGUUUGAGGCUAGGGUCAUUUUUCUAAUGAAUCACUGUUACAGAACCACCUUUUCUACAUAACUCUGCUGAUUCAGUUAGUACCUGUGGUGGGUUGGUCUUUUGGCUGCAAGAUGAAGUGACAGAUGCAAGACCUGCUGGAAGGAAUAUUUUACCCACGGUUUGCUAAGUAGGGCUUCAAACUACAGCAUAGCAGAUUUAGAUUAAAUCUCAGGAAAAACUUCCUUAGUGUAAGAACAGUAGGGCAAUGAACAGACACCUCAGGAGGUGGUGGAAGCUUCUUCACUGGAGGUUUUCAAAAGCAGGCUGGAUAGCUAUCUGUCUUGGAUGUUUAGCCACAACAAAUCCUGCAUCUUUGCAGGGGGUUAAACUAGAUGACCCUUAUGGUCCCUUCUAACCCUAAGUAUCCUGGAUCUUUCUUUGCUCUGUGUUUCACUGUACAUUUACACACUAUUUAAUAUAUUUAAAGAAGGAGAAAUUGUUUUUUAUAGAUGUUAAGGACACUAUAUAAUUGUAAAAGCAUAAAGAAGCUUUGCAAACACUGGACAAAUAACACUCAAGGGCGGACGGACAAAGGCAGAACAGUAGGUUGGAACCUUAUUGUCUCUACCACCAAAACCAAGUAUAUUUCCAACAAGCUACAGGAUCACAGCAGGUGCUUUUGAGAAGAGUGGGUAAUUAGUUCUGCUUCUCUAGUAUUUUCCCCAUGGUGCACUGGCACAUUUUUGGUAUAUGUAUGUGUUGUUUACUAGCUGUUUUAAAGACAAAGGGCCCUCCCUUGAAUAUUGUGUUGUCAUUUACACCUGUGCAAACUGGGUGUACACUGCUGCCAGUUCAGAAUUGUAUAGUUCUCCAUUCGCUUUGCACAGCUGUAAAUGGCUACCCAAGAUGCAAAGCAGUGGAGAAUCAGGCCCAAAGUGCUGAGAUUCAACUAGGCUUGGCAGAAUUUUGAAUUUUUUUAAUAUAAUUUUGACUGAUCAAUGCUUAUUUUUAAGAAUUUUUUCAAUAUUUAUCUAUUUAUCUCUUGAAAUUUUCAUAGUUGUGGGAAAUUGCGGGUGGGUGGAACCAGACAAUAUGGGUGGCCAGGCAAUAAUUAUUUAAUGACAGCCAAUGUUGGCAGACAAAAUGUUAAAGCUUUAUAACUGUUAAAAACACAAAUUGUCAACAUCACAUGUCAAAAAUAAACAAAUUAAAUAUCCUUAAAUCAAAUGCGAAUAAGUUCUCAAGCAGCAUUUUUCUUACUUUACCAAUCUGUAAAUUUUCCUUAUCAAUAGAAAUAUAUAUGCAUAUUUUUUAAAUCAAAUCCUUCCAACCCUAGAUAUUACUACGUAAAAAAUGGCACCUUCUUACUCAGCAGAUCUGCUCCCCGUGUCUAGUCAGAGCUACUGACUGCAGUGACAUAAAUAAGUUUUUAAUACUUUUUGCCUCAGAGUCCACGUCUGGAGGAGAGGCAGGUGGAUUUUGUGCCCUCAUGUGCAUCAUCAACAGAACUGUUUACUGUGCUCCAAUUAGAACUCCAGCCAGGUUAGCAGAUGUCACUGAGGGCAUAAAUGGAAGAUAAUGGCAUUUCACAGGUGUAACUGAGGGCAUAAUUUGGCCUGCAGAACUUUGUUCCCCAUCAUGAUACACAAGAAGGAAAGAACUCAGCUUGACUUUUGAAGGUCAGCUUUAGUUUUCAAGCUAACCUUGAAAAAAACCUUUACUUGUAAAUUGAGAACAUUUGAUAUACAAUUAUUAUGAGGCAAUGGGCAUAGAACCCCAUGAUGCCUAUUUUACAGAAUUUUUUCAGAGACAUAUUGCACUUAAAUAAACAGCUAUUUUUAAAAACAUAAGGAAAAAUGAAGAAGGGCCUGCAAAUCAGCAUGAAAUACAUUCACACUCUAGAAAUGAAGAACACUGCAGGAGAUGUUAUAUAUGUAUUCAGGUCAUUUCGAAAAGUAGAUCUAUGUCUUUCCCCCACUCCCACCCUAUGAGACUGUAUCUGACUAUAAUACAUAUGACUAUCUCACUGUAUCUCUUCUUUCAGUGUGACUUUGGCUGGUGGUGUUGGGUUUCUAAGAAUCUAUAUUGUUUGAGGUGGAGAUAGUUUUGGAGCUGAGGUUGGUGCCACAUUUUAGAGGUACAGGAUGCACAAACUUCAGAUCCUGCUCUGCCCACCUUUAAUUAUAUUAGUCUAUGAAGCAAAGUAAUAUCCAUAUAGAUUUGAUGCAUUUCUUUGGGAAUGUACAUAUUAAAUUCCUUCAGUCCUGCCCCAGAACAUAGCAUUAUUUAAUUGUACAGUAGGGAUUAAAAAAUCCCUCCUAAAAUGUUUAAUACACAAUGAACAGGACAAAUCAGAGCCCUCAUAUAUAGUGAACAAUAUGAUCAGAAAAAUGAACAGAUAUUAAUUGUGCCUUUGUCCAGAGAUCAAGGUUUGAAUUCACUACAGGUGCAUUCACUCCUGGACUAAAGGCCAUGCAGAAUCUUUGCACCACUUCCGUCCUAGUUAAGGUCUAGCAUUUGCCCAGGGGCGAAUCUCUCCCUGUGUUGUACAGACUGAAAGACCCAGGAAAAUCAAUGUACAAAAAGUGAGAAUUCUGUGUCCCUCAACAAAGCUUUACACUGGGGAAUUUUUCAAUUCAGUUGGUUAGUUCCAUAUUCUGAGGUAAAAUUUUGCCCACCUUUUAGUUGUGUUCCUUAACUGUGAGGUAAAUGGAUAUUUCCCUGUCCACCCUGAUGUAAUCCCAAAUAAACACCCUCAGCACAGGCACUCAGAGUAUUAGGCUGAGUCAAGUCACUGGGUUUGGGUUCUCACUUACAUACAGUACUUAAUUACCAUCAUCUAUUUGACAAUUCUUCCCCUCCCAGUCAGUGAAUAUGAGGCACUAAUGCUAUGCCUUUGACAUCUGGAAGUGCUGGUACUGGUGCAUCUCUAUGGGUUGACUUUUGUUGGGCAGGCCCAGGUUUGGGAGCCAGUGUUGUUGUGUUCUGCUCACCAAACCACAAUAUGUAUUAUUAUUAAAUAUUGAACAAAACUCUAAUCAUCUGAAACAAUUUGUGGGUUACAUUAUUUUGUUUCUAUUAAUCUGCUGCAAAACUGAAGCUAAUCAGUUUUGUUAGCCAUUCCCAUGGCUUAUAGAGUAUUGAUUUCUUCAAGGUAAGGACAGUGUCUUCCUAUGUGUCAGCUAGAGCUGGACAAAAUUUUUCAUCAGAAACUUUUCCCACUGAAAAAUGCAGAUUUGGGUUGACUGAAACAUUUCAUCGAUUUGUGCCAAACUGUUUCAGUCAAAAAACACAAACAACAUUCUGAAAAAAUCUAAAUGUUAUAUUUUGUUUGACAUUUUUAAAACAAAACCUUUGGAUUUUUCAGUGUAAAAUGCCUUUUCAUUUUGACACUGCAAUUUCAUUAAUCUUUAAAUAAAACCCUCAAAGCCAAAACAAAACUGCUUGUUUGACCCAAACCAACUUUUUUUUUCUUUCAGUUCAGACACCAAAUCAAAAAAAAUAUCAGUUAGUUGCAUAGCUCUAGUGUCAGGAUCAAGGACUAGAGACCCCUGAUCGUGACUGGGCCUUCUGAGCCUUCGAUAAUGAUUUAAUGCUAAAACGUACUGGGACACAAUCUCAAAGCUACAUAUUAAAGAUAUUUUCUUUGCUGUUCUCCCCCCAUAAGAACAUUGAAGUGAAGAGUGUGGAUGGCAUUUUCAAGAGUACUCAGCACUGACCUAGCUCUAUGCCUGUUGAAGUGGAUGGAGUUUUACUAGUGAUUUCAACACGGGCAGAGUUAGACCAACGUUGAGCACUUCUGAGAAUUCUCAUCCCAUCUGCCCAAAGAGCCAUGCCACGGUCACUUGAUUGGCUUGAUGGCCACCUUGAACACUGAAGAAGCAGAUGAUUAGCAAAACUGUCUGAGAAAAUCCACUUUAAUGCUAACCUGCAUUUGCCCUACAACUUGGAUACCCACUGUGUGUCGAUUAGUGGAGCCCUACACAAUCAUUUGUUGGGAGAUUGUGUUUUUUAUUUUCUCAUGUAUUCUCUGCAAUUAAAUUAUUAUUAUUAUUAAACUGACAAGAAUGACCCUCAUUUGUGUGACUUCAUUGAAACUGCAUUCCACUGCAGCCAAACCCUGAUUUGUAAAGUGUUUGGAGGGGGAAAAAAACAAUAACAGUGGUUCAAGCUGAUAAAGAUCUAAAGAGGCCAAUGAAAUAUUUUGUGUCUCAUGCUGGCCAUUUUCAUGCUUGAGACGAUUGUGUUCUUUUUUUAUUUUAUUAUUUAAUUUCUUGAUUAACAUUUCUGCUUAUUGUGUUUUUCUCAUAGCUAUUCUGAAACAGAGUGAAAUCCAUUUUACUAGAUCCAGUCCUGCUGUUUUUAUUUUUAGUUCUGACUCCAGCAAAACUUCCAUUGAUCCCAGUGGUAGCUUUGCCUGAGUAACAGAAGUGGGUUGUGUGCAGUAAAAAUGGAAUUUUAAAUUGAUCUAGGGAUUGUUUUUGUUGUUUGGUGGUGGUGGGGUUUUGUUUUGUUUUGUCUGCACAAUAUUUUCUGCAUAGGUUGAACUUGUGAUUGGUUUGACUUGUUUCUUGCAUUAGCACUUGCUAAUUCCUCCAUUUAUCCAUGCCAGCCUCUUUGGGUUUUCCACUUUUCCCUUUUAUGGUUCUGCAGAUUCAGUCCUAUUUAACUUUAACUUUAAAGAGGUGAUCAGUAUUAUACUUUGGCAAAAACACUUGCGGCUGAUCCGUUUAAUAACAUUACUAGUUAUGAACAUAUGAUCUUGAUGUAGGGUAAAAAUUUAGGGCCCAGUUGUGUACGCACACUAUACAUAUACCGCCACACUGAAAUCAGUGGGCUUUCCACAAGUCGACCACUUGCAUCUCCAUCUCUUAGGUUGGAAAAUUGAAUACCCCUUGGAUUAACCCUUUGUAAACUAAUCGAUGUAAUCCAAGGAAGAAAUGUUACAUUCUGAAAGAAGGGCAAAUAUUAAUUAAACUAGCGCAAUCUGAAGUGUUUUAUUACAGUUUUCUGAAAUCAUUGGUCUCCUAUGUAUAUUCACAUCACCUCUUUUUGUUUCUGCUGCAAACUCAUUUGGCCACUUGUGAGACUUUACUCAGUUCUUACACAGACAAAACUCAAUGAAAGUGAUGUCAGUGGGAGCUUUGCCCGUGGAAAGACUUCAGGAUUUGGGCCCUGGGUAGUAUUCAUAGGUAUGUGUUAGAAAUGCCCAGGGUCAGUGGUUAAACCAAACCUCUGAAAUGAAAUUGGUAAACAGCCAAUUAAAUUAAAAGAGAGAAGGAGUGUGAUAGGAACUAGUGUAUAUAGUCUGUGUUUCUAAGCGUGAUCACUGUUUGCUAUUUUAUAAAUGUUUAGGACAUUUCUGGAAUUUUUAAUGUGAAAGGAGUAAACUUUUCUUAUUCUGCUAAUGUACCUGCAUUAUGUAUUAUUUCUUUAUUGACUAUGCUUUUCAAUAUGUCAGACAUUUUCUUCUGUAAAUAUGACAUGCAGUUUUACGGAAGUCUUAGACGCAUUCAUUUGAAUUUUUUAAAGACUGUACUAAUGUGUGGUAAUGUGUUUUAGAAAUGGCAUCUUUGUUGUAAGAUGUACAAACUAUUUAAACUGACUUCUUUUGUUGUUGUUCAUAGAAACAGCACUAAGAAAUGCAUGUUCUUGUUCACUUUUCCUUGUGCAGCUGCGGACAGUCAUUAUAAUGAUGCAAUUGGUUUACAUCGUGUACAAAACCCGCAUCCUUAUUUUUAAUAGGGGUUAGUUUAAAACUCGCACAGACUUUUCCUAAAAAGUCUAUUUUUGUGUAUUUAUCUCUCAGCUUCAAGUUUUUUUUUUUUUUUGAUCACACAUUCUGUGCUGCUCCCAGUGCUACUUGCCUGUGGCCAGGUCUGCAUGAGGGCAAGACUCGGAAGUCUUCCCCAUAGACUUAUGCCCCACUCCCCAUGUGACAUGGGUGAUGAAAGAGCAGUGAGGAGUGCUCAGCUAUCUCAGUUUUUCAAGCAUGAUGUCAUGACUAGAUCAUUCAGGCCUUUACCCCCCCCCCCCCCCAGAAGACAGACUGAUCAGUCACUUUUGCUGUCACUUUCCCCUCAUGCUUCAUUGGCUAAGUCAAAACAAAAUGAAUGUGUUACAACCUUAGCUUAGCCUAGUGUAGUCCUUUUUUCAUGCUGAUGUGGGUAACUGACUUAAAAACUGUAUCAUUUAAAUAAGAAUGAGUCUGAAUAGCUAACUCUGGGUCUGAAUCCUGCUCAGGGUUUAGGUUCAGCCCAUUACCCAGAUGGGACCAAUUAUGAAGUUUAGAUCCACAUUCCUUUCAAGUUUCAGGGGUGCUCAGAUCCAGGAUUUUGGGAUGGGCCAAUCUCGAUAUUUAACAAAUUUUCUGAGAGGAAUAUGGAUCCAUUUUGCACACUGUGCCACUGCAUCUUAUGGAUGUUUUUAUGAGAAAACAGUUUAAAAUGCACCUGGCCAAAUGAUAAAUUUAGCAACUGUUUUUCCUUGUUAUACAAACACACACAAAACAGCAUUGUGUGGUUAAAAAAGAUACAUUUGUGACAGUUUCUUUUUCAGUGCCAAACAUAAUGAGCAGUAUUGUUUGAAGGGAAAUAAGAAUUUUUUACUGUAUUAUUAUUAUUGUUGAACAAAUCUUGUUUUUUAAAUAUUAGAUUUUUUGAAGAAUUUUGUAUUGUAAACUGUUUUGUGACAUGGUGCUUUUUCAUACUGGAAUUACUGAUUGCACCGAACUCUGAAUUGUUUUUCUUAUAUAAAUGCGUAACCUUGAACAAUCUUUAUGAACAUCAGUGUAUGGUGAAUACCAAGGUUCACAAAGAAAUUUCCCUAUUGAAGCCCCUAAAUGUUCCUGCCUACUAAUAAAUACUCUGCUGCAGCUA